GGGCGGAUCUCUCUUCCUUAUCACAACCAGUGAGAGGACCUGUUCGGUGGACGGUUGGGAUUCGAAAGGGGGGUGGUUGGACCAUGGGUGCGUGGCGAGUUUUGGCCGCCGCGCUCGCGCUGUUACUAGCCGCCUGCGUGCAGGCGUGUAGCUCGCGCGCGAAACACCUUCUCGGCGCGCCUGUACGCGUCUCCUCGGAUGACCCCGAGGUGCAGAAAGCCGUGCACUUCGCCCUGACCGAGUACAACAAGGCAUCCGACGACAUGUUCGCCAGUAAAGUGAUGAGGAUCCUGUCCGCCGAGCGGCAGAUUGUUUCUGGGGUAAAAUACAUUCUUGAAGUUGAACUGGGGAGAACCCAAUGCAAACAAGGAGAGUUUCAUGAUUUGGAAACUUGUGAUUUCAGUGCACCACCACAUAAAACACUUUGCAAAUUUGAGGUUAUUUCAGUUGCUUGGACUGAAGAAACUUCUCUGAGCAAGACGUGCAGACCAUCCAACAAUUGAAUUUUUCCAUUGCAGUAAAUUAAAUUGCAUUUAUUUAACAGUGCCUACUGUGCUUCCAGUAUUCUAGUAGCAGCUCUUGUCUUCAUUAUUUAAAUCAUGAAUGUAAAUGUUAAAUGCUUCACCUAUACAGCAAAAUCACUGUAGCUUCCAUUAAAACUAAUGAAACUGUUAAACUCUGAAUUUGAAGAAUAUUACUUGGUUAAAUAAAAGUGGUAUUUCUUUCUGGA